UGAUCGAUUGAUAAGUGCCUGACGCAUACCGCCAAUGGAUCAUGGGCGCCUAUAAUACGGCGAAGCGUCCAGAUUGCGCUACACGGGAACGCGCCAUGAUUGGAUUUGAAUUUAGACGCGCCGUCGCAAGAUUCGCGAGGAGAACAAAAGGCCUAAAUGCCAAUGUCCAACUCUAAAUGAGCCGGAUCAUUUGGCGCAAAGCUUCGCAUUCGAGCAAACAAUGGACGGCUAGCCCCUACAAGCCAGCAAGAUUCAACACUCGCUCUCGACCUCGUCAACCGUCAGCCGAGGCAAACGCAACCUGCAAACGACCUGCUGGAUGGUGGCUACAGGACUGUUCCCCUCGUCGUCAGCUGGCCGGUUCGCCCCGUAUCGUUUCUAUUUUCACAUCGGCAUUCUGCGUGUCGCAGGCGAAAGAAGAAACUUCACCUCUCUCAACGACGCGGGUGCCAGCAUGCCAAUUUCAUCCACCUCAAAUCAUUGGAUAGUCCUCAUCAUCCCCCAAAGGAACUUUCCCCGCCACAGACUCUGAGUUGCAAAUACAUGCUCUUGGCGGUGGUGCAAUGCAACCUGGAAAUGUCUUGGACACAUGCGGAUCACACCUAGCAGAGUCGCCAAGAUCUGGAAGCGGCUUAGAAUGUCAGCCUAGCUUGUAUUCGGCCAGCGUCGUGGGCGCAACAUGCGGGCUCCUUUCUUGAAUGAAAAUGCUGUCGCUCCCUCACCUUCCAGAUGCGCCCCCCGUCUACUCCAACACCCAUUUCAUUGUCGGCAGUCCUUGGACCAAAGACAAGCUAUCACAAGCACUUCACAAAGCCCCGAGAAACCGUCGAAGCCUCACCCAAUCGCUCGGGUCCGCCAACGAGAUAUGCCACUGACGAUUUGUACAACAUGAGUGUCAAGUCCGUGAACGUCGGCCGCUUGAACGCCGUGACCAGCAUAGCCAGUACGAAUAAUUCAGAACCAGAAACCAACCAGCAUGGCCACCUCACUCUGUGGCAGUCAAUCAAGAAGUGGCGUCGCGUCGUUCUCUACUGUAUCGGCAUGACUUCCGCCAUCCUGAUGUAUGGCUACGACUAUGUCAUUGUUGGCACAGUUUCAGCAAUGCCCAGCUUUCAGCAUGACUUUGGUCAACAGCUCAAUGGAAAGUGGAUUCUGCCUUCACUCUGGCUCGGUCUCUGGAACUUCGUCAGCCCAGGCUGCUCCAUGAUUGGGUCUUUGAUUGGAGGUGUGUUCCAAGACAGAUAUGGUCGUCGAGCGUCACUUGCAUUGGGAUCCUUUCUGUCAGCCAUUGGGGUUGCUAUUUGCUUCGUUUCCAACCUCUCUCCUGACAUCCAUACCCGGCGAAUCAUCUUCCUCGCUGGCAAAGGCUUCCAAGGAGGGGCCAUCGGCAUGGUCAUGACGACUUCCCAGACGUACAUGUCGGAGAUCUUACCGCCGAAUCUCAGAGGACCGCUCCUGGCCUUUUUCCCAAUCUUCACGCUGCUUGGUCAGUUGACUGGUGCCGCUGUCAUCUUCGCAUGCCUCAACCUGGCGAACGGGUACACCAUUUGCUUUGCAUCACAAUGGCCAUUUUCUGCUCUUCCAUUGUUGAUGGCAUUCUUGAUUCCCGAAAGCCCGACAUAUCUCAUUCGGAGGAACAAGAAUUCUCAGGCUCACAGGGCUCAACUCAAGCUGGAUCCCGCUGGUGCCGACCCUGAGGACACUCUCGACAACAUUCGCCGCAACAUCGAGCAUGAAAGGCGACUGACCAAUGCGACCUAUGUCGACUCAUUCCGCGGUGUCAACCUUAGGCGCACCUUGAUCAUCAUGUUCUCCAACUCAUUGCCAAACAUCUUCGGUCUGACGCUGCUGUCAAAGUCGAGUUACUUUGUGCAAGUCGUUGGCAUGAAAGCCAACCUAAGCGUCAUCGUUCUUAUACUCGGUCUCGUUUGCGGUUUGAUUGCCAACAUCAUGAGCGUAUGGGUUCUCUCGAGGGUAGGACGUAGGCGGCUCAUCUUAAGCACGCUAUCCGUCUUGUCCAUAGUCUGGACCGCCAUGGGAAUCGCAGGUUGCUGGUCGGGUCCAGUGAUACCAUGGUACACAUCCAUGACACUGAUAGCGGUGGUCAUUGUGGCGGGUCUGGGAGUUUGGCCUGCUUCACACGUUGUCGGUGCCGAAACCUCAGCGCUGCAUUUACGGUCCAAAGCCCAAGCUAUCGGUUGGUUUACCGCGGGAGCAAACAACUCCAUCUUUGGAUUUGUGUUGCCAUACAUCUUCAACCCCGACAAAGGCAACCUUAAAGCCAAGACCGGUUUCGUGUUUGCUGGUCUUUGUGCCCUCGGGCUUGUCAUUGCCUUCUUCCUGGUACCCGAGAUGAAGGGACGAACGCCGGCUGAAAUUGAUCGCAUGUUUGAGUUGAGGCUACCGGCACGACAAUUCCGCCGCUGGACCAACUUAGCCUCGGAAGGAGAGAAGAAUGGUUCGGCUAGAGUUGAGAACUCUGCCGCGUAGCAUUCGGCUGCUUUCCUACUUACCCUGAAUGAACAUGCCUGCAUUUCCAUCGCCAUUUAGCGACUGCAGUGAAGACCAGACUGCGCCUCGCACCUGCCGGCCCCAUUGACACUCACCUCAAUCCGCAAUGAAACCUGUC